AUGGAACAGAGUGAGGAAUACCAAAGUUUUGGCUGCAAAGAAACUGGCUUCACAACAAAUCGAGAUGUUUCAUCACAUACCCCAACUGCAGGAUCCAAAUCAGCAGAAUCUUCAACACUUAAACUUAUUUCUACAAAUACUAUACCCACCACGUCCUCCAAUCGAUCAACACAGAUACCAACGAUCUCACCCCAAGCAUCAAUUCAGACACCCACUCAUGCCUCAGGUGGCUUCACAACAUCUCCAGAUGUUUCAUCACAAACACCAACUGCAACAUCAGAAUCACCAGAAGCUCCAACACUAAAAACCCUUUCCAUAAAUACUGUACCCAACACAUCCUCCAAUGGAUCAACUGAGAUUCCAGCCAUUUCAAACUAUUCAUCAAUUCCGACAUUGACUCAUGCUUCAGCUGGCUUCACAACAAAUCAAGAAGUUUCAUCACACACCCCAACUGCAGGAUCCAAAUCAGCUGAAUCUUCAACACUUAAACUUAUUUCUACAAAUACUAUACCCACCACACCCUCCAAUCGAUCAACAGCGAUUCCAACUGUUUCACCCUAUUCAACAAUCCAGACGCCGACUCAUGCUGCAGGUGGCUUUACAACAUCUCCACAUGUUACAUCACAAAUACCAACAGCAUCGUCAGAGUCACCAAAAUUUUCAACACUUAAAACUCCUUCCACAAAUACAACACACAGCACAUCUUCCAAUGGAUCAACGGAGAUUCCAGCCAAUUCAACCUAUUCAUCAAUUCCAACAUGGUCUCGUGCUUCAGGUAGCUUCACAACAUCUCCAGAUGUUUCAUCACAAACACCAACUGCAACAUCAGAAUCUCCAGAAACUCCAACACUAAAAACCAUUUCCAUAAAUACUGUACCCGACACAUCCUCCAAUGGAUCGACUGAGAUUCAAGCCAUUUCAAACUAUUCAUCAAUUCCGACAUUGAACCAUGCUUCAGCUGGCUUCACAACAACUCGAGAAGUUUCAUCACACACCCCAACUGCAGGAUCCAAAUCAGCAGAAUCUUCAACACUUAAACUUAUUUCUACAAAUACUAUACCCACCACACCCUCCAAUCGAUCAACAGCUGUUUCACCCUAUUCAACAAUCCAGACGCCAACUCAUGCUGCAGGUGGCUUCACAAUAUCUCCAGAUGUUUCAUCACAAACACCAACUGCAACUUCAGAAUCACCAGAAUCUCCAACACUUAAAAUUCUUUCCACAAAUACAAUCCUCCAAUGGAUCCACUGA